AUGGCUCAAAACGGCGCUUCAACUGUGUGGACGCCGUCCAGCUGGAAGACCAAGCCUAUAGUCCAAUCUGUCUCCUACAAAGACACCGCUUCUUUUGAACAGGCUAAGAGCAAACUCAACACGCUUCCACCACUCGUAACGCCACGUGAGAUAGUCAAACUGAAGAAGGAACUCCGCGAAGUCGCUUUGGGCAACGCCUUCCUUCUACAAGGUGGCGACUGCGCCGAACUCUUUGACUAUUGCAACCAGGACAUGAUUGAGGCCAAAGUCAAACUCCUGCUGCAAAUGUCGCUGGUUUUGAUCUACGGUGCCAGGAAGAAGGUCGUUAGAGUCGCCCGAAUGGCUGGCCAGUAUGCAAAACCGCGCUCUUCACCCAUGGAGACCAUCGACGGCGUCACCAUGUCCAGUUUCCGGGGCGAUAUCCUCAACAGCUACGAGCCAGACCCGGUUCUACGUGAGCCCGACCCCAAACGCCUUGUUGAUGCCUAUUUCCACUCGGCAGCCACGCAGAACUACCUCAGGGGAGCUCUUUCAUCCGGUCUAGCGGAUCUACACGCCCCUCUGGACUGGAGUCUGGGUCAUGUCCGUGACCCAACAGUCCGAGACCACUAUCAAGCCAUUGUGGAACGCAUUACAGACACCCUCGAAAUGAUGAAGACCAUCGGCCUGGACACUUCAGGUGGUCUUGAGACCGUCGAUCUUUUCACUUCCCAUGAAGGCUUGCUCCUCGAAUAUGAGGAAGCCCUCACGCGCCUCUUCAAACAUCCUUCUAACGCGUCUCCACCCACCCUUCCAUCCUCCAAACCAAGUUUUCCCCAAAGCAAACCCCGCAAAACCUCGCUUCCUACACAGCUCCCACCUCCCUUACCACCAACACAAGGCUACUACGACACAUCUGCACACUUCAUCUGGAUCGGCGACCGGACACGGCAACUUACCCAUGGCCACGUCGAAUUCUUCAAGGGCAUCGCGAACCCCAUUGGUGUCAAGGUCGGUCCCAGCAUGCCGGCUUCCGACCUAGUCCCUCUACUGGAUAUUCUGAACCCCAGCCACGAGAUCGGCAAGAUUGUCCUGAUCACUAGAUACGGUCACGACAAGAUUGCCGCACACUUACCCGGCCAUAUCCGUGCCGUCCAGGCUUCUCCUCACCGCGACACCGUGGUGUGGCAGUGCGAUCCCAUGCACGGCAACGGACGUAAUGCGACGGUACCGAUGAGUACGGCCAAUGGGGAAGCUACCAACGGCACAUCAACCUUCAAGACCCGCCGUUUCACCGAUAUCCUUUCGGAGCUCAAGCAGGCGCUGACCAUCCAUCGCUCUAUGUCCAGCUAUCUGGGAGGUGUGCAUCUGGAACUCACAGGCGAAGCUGUGACCGAGUGUGUUGGUGGUGCCGAAGGACUGACUGAGGAAGACCUGAGCUUAAAUUACACGACGUUCUGCGAUCCAAGACUGAAUGAGAAGCAGGCUUUGGAACUGGCAUUCUUGGUUGCAGGCUUUUAUCGGGAAGGUGGCGACAAGAAGAGUCUGAACGAGUAA